AUGGAACCAGUUACUACCAACGAGAUGAAACAUCGACACAUACCAGAUAAUAAUCGAUCUCACAAUGACAACCGAAAUGCUCCAGAACCUGAAAUUAGAGUAGAAAAUCCAAAUGACGGAGCACUUUCUGGUUUAUCAAAAGGAAGCAUCAUAAGCAUUGUGUUAUUUGUCGUAGGUUGUUUCAUUUAUCUUGCACCCAAAGACGUAUCGUGUUCAAUGGAAAACGCUGAAAACCGAGAUUUUGAAAGGUAUUACGGUCUCGGUGGACAAACGAAUCCGUUUACGAAAGCUACUGCUGAUGAUUGUCAAUCGGACAUUAUCUAUCGGCCAGCAUUACCUCAAGGAAUCUUACAAUCAGACAACUCAGCAAGUUCAUUUCUAACACUAGCACCCUAUGGGACCGGCAAAACACUCAUACGAUGUAAAUACAAUCAAACGUUAUCACCUACAAAAUACUUUCCUGUUUUAAUAUUGAAUAAACAAAUUAGUGGAUAUCUAGAAACAUUCGUUAAGAAAAUCGAAACGAACACGACUGUAUGUCGAGAGAAGAACUGUUUAAAAGAUUGGACAGAAAAUGAGUACGGUCAAUUACUUUUAUCGUCAUUAGUUACAAGAUUUAUCGAAGUAUUUCCCAAAAUGUCGAAUACAGAAUUACAGCCAUUAUUCGAACUUUCCAUCGAAAAGCAGAUGCGACUAAUCACAACUAUUAUUUCCUACUACAGCGCAGUAGGGACAGUUGAAUUGGAAACUUUCGUUAAUAGAAUUCUCGGUACCAAGUAUAAAACCAACGAAAUUCAACAUCAAUAUAUGGAAAAAGGUGUCGCUUACAACGAGAAACUAUAUACUCAUUUCAUAAACGAAGCAAAUCGACUUUUAGCUCUUGAUCCAAAUCCUACACGUAUUCGUUUGCUAUACGGUGUUAUCGCUGGUCAACAAGUCAAAAACCAGUUUGAGAAUAUACAGUUAGAAGAAAAUAUUUUUAAUGAUUUACGUGAAUUAACAUUAUUUUUCCGAGACAAAUUACACCGAAUACCUGUGUUUAUCAUCGAUGGAAUUGAUGAAAACGAGUAUUUCUUUCAAAAUAAUAAACCAAAUAAAGAUUCAUUAGAAGCAUUUUGUCGGACAUCCGUUUCGAACCAAAUUAUCACACAAGUCAUGGCAAAUAAUUUCCAUCUAUCCAUGUUUUACCCUAAAAUCGGUGACUUUAAAAUCGAGGAUGCGAUUGGGAGAGUCGAUAAAUUCCCUGUUUAUGAAAUCAAAUGGACAAAAAACUCGUUAUUUAACUACGCUGAUUAUGUUCUCAGACAUAUGAACGAAAAAGCGUCAUAUGAUCGUUGUAAAUCAUUACCAAAUUUUGAAACACUGGUUAAUUAUUCGGAUAAAUCUAUACCUAAAUACAUCGACCGGCUCAAAACACCGAGAAUGCUCCAUUACUUCAUACAAGAGCUCAUUAUACAAAUGAACAACGAUGCACGACACGCUUCCAAACCGUUUAUUGCAACGGUUGAGAACGUUGUCCAUGCCUAUGCUAAUGCUGAAAAGCGUUUUGUGAAGAAUUGA